CCGAGAGCCGCUGCCCCGCCCGCCCCCGCACCGGAAUAAGAGGCGGCGGCGGCGCGGGACGGACCCAGAGCGAUGGGCACCAUCAUGGGAGCCGGGCGAGCGGCGGGGCUGCUGCUGGUUGUGCUACUGACGAUGCCUGGAGCCCGAGCGAACUGUGGGGAGAGAGAGUACUCCCAUCUAGGUCUCUGCUGUGUGUUUUGUGAAGCAGGUACCUUUGUUGCUGAUCACUGCAAUGCUUCACAUUUGCAAGGAAAAUGUGACCCUUGCAAGGAAGGAAAAAGCUUUACUGCCCAUGCCAACGGCUUGGAGCAAUGCUUGGCUUGCAGACAGUGCAAAGAAGAUCAGGUAACUCUGAGACCCUGUACCCUGACACAGAAUGCUGAAUGCCAGUGCAAACCAGGGUAUUUCUGUGAAGAUGAGGGCUGUGAAAUAUGUCGGAGAAUCAGUCAAGGGCAUCUGGACGGGAAAGAAAUCAUGAAUUCCACUGAUACCACGGCUCGAGACUUAACUAAUCAAGUGAAGGAAGCUCGUGUUUGGUUUAUUCCGGUGCUUGUGUCAGCUGCUUUGGUUUUCUUCUUUGCCGUUGUUUUUGUUCUUGUUAAAAAGCUGAAGUGUAAUAAAGCUGCUGCAACUGUUAAAGAUAUAGAGGGGCGUCUGAUCUCUGCUAGGAUGUGUUCCUGUGGUGCAACAAGUUGUGAUUCAUGCAAGGUCCAUAAGUGGCUCAAAUAUGUGAAACACCCCAGGUUUUUUGUUGGGUUGUAUCUCCCCUCACCCUGGCCAGAUUUGCAGCACUUCAUCUAUUUAUAGAAGCUGAUGAAGAAACAUGACAAAAAAACCUGGUCAAAAAAUGCUGUAGCAUAGGAAUAGCAAAUAUAACAGGUCUUUAAUUUCAAUAAAAUAGUUGCAGAAUGAUGCAGUUACAAAUUGGUGCACGGUGCCACUUGUCUCUCAUCUAAUAGCUGUCACAGGCAGAUGCAAAGUCUGCACUUGGAGUGCUCAUGCUGCUGUAAGAUCUUCUUUGCUAAGGAGAGUUCCACUGAUGCAGUCCUGAGACUGAGUAUUUUGGCACCCACACACCCUCCCUCCCAAAGAACCAGUGAAUUCAUACAGCACUAAUGCCCCCAACAGCUGCUGAUACUUGAAUAGCUGAUGCUGGGUUUUGAAACAAAAGACAGUGCUCUUUCAGUUGUUUGUUUUCCUGUUUAAGAAUUAUCCUGUAUAAAUAAGAUCAACUUCUAUAAUAUGCUUAUACCCAUAAACAGAAAGUGUUUCAGUGAGACUGAUGUACAACUAUCUGUGUCAUAUGUAGGGGGGUUCCCCCUCACAUCCCCACUUAUGCAUGUUGGUCAUGGGGUGGUGUCACCUGUGGGUCACUGUCACUGUGCAAACAGAAAGCAUGCUGGCUUAUGCUUACAAAGGGCUUGUACCUUAAUAAACACAAGUCUCAGGGGCAGAACAGUAACUCCUCAUCCUCGUUUUCCACAUAUAAACAAAUCCUCCUAAAUCUUGCCAGCUUUAGCACUACCUAU